AUGGAACCGUCUGAACUGGAGUUUAUCGGGGAAAAUUCUCUCAUCGGUGUGAUUCCGAAUUUCAAUCACGAUGCAAUCUACCUUAUAUCCGGCACGAUUGAACCGUUCCGUGGUGGGGCCCCGCUGUACGUGCCACUGUGGUUGGCGAUUCACUUGCGGCAGCAACAGAAGUGUCGUAUCGUAGCGCCACAAUGGAUGGACAUUGAUUUGCUGGAAGAUAUUAAAGAAAUGGAGAAACGAGUUGGCACGUUCACCAAAAUGCCCAGCGCAAACUACAUGGUGGAAGCGAAGCUGAUCCUUAACACGGCCCCGGAAGAUGUGCCGUCCUCGGAUGUGAUUAAAACGCUCAUCAAGGACAUUUACGAUGUGCGCUCUGCCAAGCUGCGUACGACGGUGGACAAUUUCCUUAAAAGCGAAGGUGCCCAUACGGUCAACCUGGAAAACGUGACCGUCCUGGAGCUGCACACA